AUUCUCAUUCAAUUUCACAACCGUUUUUAUCAUUAUUUUCCGGAAAAUCUUAAGAGUUUCUCGUUUAGAAUCUUAUAAAUAAUGGAACGUAAAAAACACAAACGCCUAAAUGAUACGAUUAUGAAGCCGGAGGACAUGAAAAAGGCGAAACUGAACCAUAAACUCCCGACGACUAGUGGAGGCACUGGCGGACCGUCAACUUCUGGAGGAGUUAAAGCGAAGUUGGAUUUUAGAUCAAAAACUUGUAUUCCACCAAAGCCAACGCUAAGUAAUUCCGCAAAUCCAUCCCUACAAUCCAGCCAUCUCGUUCGCCCCAAUCUCGAUGAUCAAUGGAAAGAUUUUGGAGAUACAAUCAAUUUAAACAUCGAAACCUUCCAGAAAAGCGUACAGGAGGCGAUUUUAGCGGGCCAUUUUACAAAAAUCGCUAAAAUGUUCGUCGCCGCGCUCAAGAGCUUCUUUGUCGGAGAAAAGUUGAAAGUGGAGCUCAGAAUAAUGGGAACAAUUGCGGAAACCGUAAAAAAUCAUGGGGAUAAGCUAAAUCAAAUUCCUCUCCACCGCGCUCUGCUCUUCGUAAUUUGCAAUUCUCGAUCAUAUCCUGACAAUAUUCUCGAACUAUUCAUCUCAAUAAUCACUUCACUUGCAAGGCAACAACCAAUUCUUGAUAAAUGUUAUCUAACAGCAUUUCUCCAUGAUUCUAUUGGAAUGAGCGUUGGACUCGGCACAAUGAAUCGAUGCUCCUGGAUUGAAAAAGAGUGCUCGGCAGAGCUUGUGAAAAUGAUUUUGGAUCCGUUUGAAACUGUCUAUCCAUUUCCGGCAAUGUAUGCGCAGUGCCAGGUUGAGAAUUUUGCCAUUUCCGAAUUUUUGAGCUUCUUCUCUGAAAAAGUGGGGAAGUCGAGGGAAAAAAGUCCCCGCUCGAAUCUUCACCAAAAGCAGUUAGACGUCUUUCUGGAAUUCCUGAAGCCCUGGUUCGACACAAUUCGCGGUGAAGUUCUUCCAAAACCUCUUUUCCGUGCUCUCUGCCUUCUCUGUGGCUACGAGCACAUUCGUCUUUUCAUUGCGAACCGUCUGGAAAUUUGGAUAACUCUUCAGAAAUUCCAUCGAGAAAUCAGUGAGCUUUUGCUAGUGAUCGGGUCGAAUAUUAACGCGGAAAACCACGAGUUGGACAAGGAAAUCAUCGAUAUUCUACUGAAAUUGAACACGAAAAAUAUGAAAACACGAACUGUGGUUGGACCAUUCACUCAAGCGAUUAAAACGAUUUGUGAGGUGUCAAGGAAUGUCGAAAUUGUAUUGGAUUCACUUUUUAUUAAUGAAACUGGACCAGCACAAAAUAGAUCUCCCACCAAUCUACAAACAAUUUAUAUGAUCCUUCAAAAUCAACCAACAGAAGCCACAAAAGCUCUAGCAGUAAUAAUAUCGAAGGAAUUGUUUAAAGAAAAGGAAAAUUGCGUGAAAAUGCUCAGAGCUUUCAUGCGAGAGCUCAUUCGUGGAUUUUAUCACUCAAAAUCCGGAGAUUUCCCAUUUUCAGUGUUUGCGGAGACAUUAUUCAAUAAAGUUCAGCGGCGAGGAGAACCGGACGAAAUCCUCAGCUACGCAGUGGAUCUAAUUGCUCAACUCCCGCUUGCAACAAUAUCUUCACUGCUCACAACUCGUGAAAAUGCAUUUUCCAUUAAAUUCAGUGUUCCGACAGGCACUGGAGAUGUUCCUCUAAUACCCGUAGAAGCACGAUUGGCUCGUCAGAAAUUUGAAUGUGAAUUCAUUUCAUAUUGCGAGAAAGUGAUUGAACAAUUAUUGAAAUCAAGAAAUUUAUUCUUUGAUGAACAAGUUUUCAUUCGAAGUUUCUCGAUUCUUUUGUAUCUUGAAACACAAAGAGAUGUCUAUACAGGAAUUGAAAUGGCUGCAGUUACAGAUUCAGAAAUUUCAAAUUGUAUUCGAAUUUUUGGAGAAUGUGGAGUCUCGGAGAAUAUGCUUCUGAUGAUUUGCCGAGAAGAAACCACCCAACUUCCACAAAAAUCACAAAUCGAUCUGAUCUCGGCUCUAACUCAACGGGCGGCUCUAUUUCAUCCAAAAAUCACCACAAAUCCAUUAAUUCGCAUCACAGAACCAUUUAAACUCAUCGAUUCAUAUCUUAAAAUGACAAUUUUUCCAAGAAAAGAAGCGCCACGCCUGGAUCCUCCAAUAUGCAAUCGAAAGUUUUACUGGACUGCGUGGACAACUAUUAUUUUAUGGAUUGCUGCUGGAACAGAGAUUAUUUCAUUUUUUGAAGAAAUCUAUUCGGAAUAUCCGAUUUUGAGAUAUCUAAUUCAUUGCAUUUUGUGCCAAAAAUUUGAAUUUCCGCUUGAAUUUGAAGGAAAAUCGGUUGCAAUGAUGAAUGACGAAGAAGCAGUCGCUGUUGACGUGGAGACACGAGUCAUCGAAAUGUAUGAGAAGAAUAUGAAACGAGCGGUACCUGCAAUGAGUAUGGAAUUUCCGAAUAGAAAUUCAUUCCGUGCUCCUCCGCUUCUCGACGAUAUUCAUUUGUUUGCUGACAAAUUUAAAUUAGCAUCAAGAUUUUCCCGUUGCACGUCUCCGCCACUUCUAUCCAGACUAAUUUCAAAUGUCGGGUCUGAAAAUUCACUUUUCGCCGUACGGGAAAUGCUUUCCUCUGACUCUACAACUGCAAAAAUUCUGACUGCUGAAUGCAUCUUCCAUGCUUUAAUGUAUUAUUUUGAUAAUCAACGGAUACGUGACUCUGAUCAGAAUUCAACUGUCGUUGUGAAAGCGCUAAUCCGUCAAGCAGAAGUCAAUUUGAAAUCGAUUGAGCCCAUCGAACAAGACUUUCUUCUUCAUUCAUUUAUUUCAUCACUUGCUUCAUCAAAUAUUUCCACUAGAAGUGCAGCAGUUAACACAUGUUCAAGAUUAUUUCCAUCUUCUGAAGAGGAUAAGGCAUUCGAUUUGGUUAAACUAUCCAAUGUUCCACGUUUUAAUGCUAGAAAAUUGAAAUAUAUGGAAAUAAUUGCAAGUGCUGUACUUGUGGAAUCAGAUAGUCAUUUGUCAAACUCUUAUCUUCAGUUUUUGACUAUUAACAGUAUGAAUACAAGUGAUGAUCAUACGGUGGCUCAUGCAAUUUGCCAGACUCUUUCAAUUGAUUGUAUUCAACUACACACAUCACUCUGCGAAUAUUUUUUGCAAUACGUGGACACGUGCCUGAAGAAUCAUCAAAUCAAGAAUAUCACAUCCCUUGAUACAUCACUGACAUGCAUUGAAUUUGGAAAUCAGAAGAUUGCAUUGAGUAAUGAAGUCCCAAGUGCAAUUGUCAAAUUAUUGUCGAAAUACGAUAAUCUGCAAACUGCCGAAAAGGGAAUAUCAGAUCCUUCUUUUGAAGGACUUCUCGAGCUUUUUCUCUCUCCGAAUGCAAUUCCAAACAUUAUCGAUCGUGAAACGGGUGCAAGCAAUCAAUUUCUGAGUCUUCAAAUGCGAAAAGAAAUGCUAAAAUCUGUUGAGCAACGUGUCGUCGACGCGGCACUAAUUGGGCUCUCGGAGCAUGAUGCACAGGAAUUUAUACUUGUUUCGAGAAUGUCUAAGGAAACUGCAGAAAAAGUUAUUAAAAUGGCAGAGAAUAUGCCUCUCGACAGAAUCGAUCAUCAAUCCUUGUCAAAUAUGUAUCUUUUAAUCAGAGGAUACCGUAUGAUUGGUGUACAAUCAGGUGAAACACUUAUUAAUCGAAUAAAAUCACAAAUGGAUAAUUUGGAUGCAUUUAUUGCAAAAGAAGAACCAAUGGAAAUUGUUGAAGUAAAUACGAAUGAUAUGCCAACUGAAUUCCUCAUUGAAUCUAUGAGAAUUGCCGAAUCAUCGAGUUUUUCGAAUCAAAAAGAGGAAAAGAUGGAUCCAAAUGUUAUUGCAACGUGGCUUAAGACGAAUUGCUCGCUUGCGGCGUCUACAAAAAAUAAGGAAACUUCAAUCUUCUCACUUCCAGCAGCAUUUAUACAAUCUGCAAUGAAUGAUGAGACAUCAUCAAUUGCAUGCCUUGCACAUAUUGAAGCAAAUCUUAAGUUCUUUCUUUCUUUUGAAACUGCAUUUCAGACACUUAUUGUCAUUAUUGAUUCGGCUGCAAAUAAGUUUAAUUUUGUGCGAAACCGACUGGAAAACCUGGCGACGCGUCUUCUGAAAAGUGUAACUCCACCUGAAUCUGUUGCCGGAAUUCUUCAAAAACACGCUGCAAAUAGUAUAAAAUCAGUACAGAAGAGCAUCAAACCGACACCAAUCAAGAUCUCCACAUUUGCUGAAUUUUCAAAAUCCAUAAAGAAUUUGAAAUCUUCUGCGAACAGCUCUGAAAUUAAAGAAAAACGUCUUGUCGAUGAGUUUAUGAUACAAUUUGUAGAGGAUAAAGGAGAAGUGAUUGAUUCGGAUGAUAUUUUAAUAUUCAUUGCAUCGAUUCAAAGUGUUUAUUCUGGAGAAAAUGCUGAAAUUACUGCAGAAAGAUGUCUAUCAAAUCGGUGGUCUGCACAAUUACGAAAAGUAGUGAGCUCGACAAUUUUGGAGAAAUAUUACACUCAGUUAUGCUCGAUUUUCGUGUUUCGGCUGAUUUCGGCAUACUGUAAGAAGUAUCCAUUGGCAUCGUACAGUGAAAUGUUUACAUUACGAGAACCUGGAAAUAAAGAGGAAUUUGUGUUAAAUCGGAGAGCAUUCGAUAAUUGCAUUCUUUAUUUUUGUGAUGUUGCAGCCGACAGUCAUGAAUACGACCUACAAAUUAUCAAUUUGAUCGCUGGAUUGGAAAGCCAAGGAGGCACUGAUACGGGAUUCUAUUUUGGACGUGCUCUUCUGGAAACGGCGUGUGCAAAUCCGAAAUCUGUCACUCGAAUUACGGCAAAGCGGCUAUUGGAACUACUCAGAGAUCGGUUACCUUAUCUCUCGUACCGAAAUGGGAUUUCCUCAUCGAUUCGUGUUCUAACAAAUGUGGAAUCUCGAGAAUCUUGCAUUAGAAGAUGUGAACAAAUUGUGGAUCGAAUUGUUGAAAUGCCGAUUGAUUUGAAAAUGGCACUAUCUGAAGAUAUAUGCGAGGAAGAACGUAUUAAAAAAGAUAGAAUAAGAGAAAAAAGCGAGGAGGCGGCUGAAAAUUCCAAAUUCGGUGGAAAACGAUCGGCAGGAGACAGAAGAGGAGGUGGUCCUCCACCGAAAAAAGGACGAUUCAUUUCAGCGAAAGAUCUUCCCGUUCCACUUGGACAACAAAAUGAUGAGGAUAGUAUAAAUGCAGAAGAUGUUCCAGUGAAAAGAGAAUGGAUUGAUACAUCACAUGCAAUGACACGAUUCGUAUCCCUGCUCAGAGAGCAUCCUAACUUUUUGAAAAUGAAAUUCCCAGUGCUAGCCAACUACGUAUCCCGAGUGAAUGCGAUGAAUCGAAAAGAGUUGGCUGAAGAGAAUCGUGUUGGCAAAAUCGAAUUAAUUCUGCAAUCGGUGAUUGUUUUGUGUCCCCAUAUGGCACCAGAUGAAAUGAGUUCUGUGGAUACAGCAUUGUCGAAUUGUCUUGAAUUCUAUGAGAAACAUAUUGAUGAAGGAGGAUUCGGAAUUAAAGAACAAACUGCUUUUGCCGAAUUGACUAUUCGCGCUUGCGCCGAAUAUCUUAAUCAUAGUUUUGUUGAGGCGCGUUCAUUUCUUCGUGACAACCGUCAAUUAAUCGAUCGAGUGUGCAAACGAUGUCACGACAGAUACAAUGUUGAUUUGGUUCUCGAUAAUUGUGGUUUUGGUGAACCAAGUCUUUAAUUUAAUAUAUAUGUGUUUUUCUUUUCUUUUUUCCAUUUUAAUUCUCGUUUUCUACACUUUUACCCGCCUCAUAAUUUUCCUGAUUUAAAUUUGGCGUUUGUGGUCGGAAACUUUGAAAUCAAAUUAUUUUAGGUGGCUUCGGUUUCAAAAUCGUUUGAAAAAUGACCCCAAAACUUUGAUUUUCUUUAGAAUCCUACCACAAAAGUCGCAAGAAUUUCAAUUUCUACCCCCAGUUUUUUUGCGCAAAAAUCGAGAUCCAUUAAACUGUUUCAUAUGGCAAUUCAGCGGAAAUCCUUUAAAUAUUCAAAUUUCCCGCGUUCUCAUGUUCCCCGUUUUUCGAUUAUCUUUCUUUUUUGAUCCCAAUUCAUCCGAUACACUUUCCUGUGCGCGUUGUAGAAAAAAUCAACGGGUUCCACUUUUUCUCUUUCUCUAUCAAAAUGUUUCUCUUUACCGCCCCGUUGUUGAUAUAAUUUACCUUUUUUAAUUUUUCUCAUAUUAUUAUUAUUAUUAUUGGAACAUUUCAAGAAUAACUACAAUUUUAACCCAAAAUUAUAAUUGUUUGCCGUUUUUUUUCCUGACCAUGUUCAAAUAAUUUUCAUCGAGUUUCUCAUGCUCUUUUAUAUACUUUUCGUUCUUUUAUCGAUUUUCCCACCGAUUUUCAUUUAAUUUUUCGAAGUUUACAG